AUGGGCUGUAAAAAUUCUAAAGAUAAAUACAAGUAAUUAAACGUCAUCGAGAGAUGGAAGAUUUAAAAGAUGCCUGAUAUUUUAACAUCUAAUUUUGAAAAUGAAUUUGAAUUGACUCUCUAUAAAACUAUAUGCUUGAUUAGGCAAGAUCCAUUGUGGUUUAUACCAUACAUAUAAAAAGCGCGAGACAAUUAGCAUUACACAGGAGCUAAUAUUGAGCUAGUCAUUAGUAUAAUGAAAGGUUUGAAAGAUGUACCAAUGCUAUAGAUAAGUGAUACUGGAAACAUAGCAUGUAGAAAAGUUAAUGAUGAGAUGAAAGACAAAGAAUACCCUAAUUGUUAUAGAAUUCGAAAAGUUUAUCGUGAAAUAUUUCAGAAAGAUAAUCCAAAAAAUCAAUACUUUGAGAUGACUAGUGGUUGUGGAGGUACUGGUGGAGUUAGACGAAGCAUUCUAGGAGAGUUGGAAUGCGAAAAAAAUCCAAAAGAAUCAAAAUAUAAUAGUAUACAAACAGAUCAUAAUCAAAACAGCAUUAUCGAUCACAAUUCCAAGAGAAAUUCCAUAUAAUACGAAAGCAAUUAUUAAGACGAACCAGUCUAUGAGUAUACUGAAAUAGGGUGGGAAGGCACUGCUGAGGAGCUCGCAUUAUUUAUAUUAAUAGGUGGUUGUCAAUGCUCCGGAGAUGACACAAUGCCUAUGAUAGAUAAAAAAGUCACAAAGAUAGGCAUUUCCUUUAGAGCGCAUAGAACAUUGAAAAGCUCAUUACAACUUUUGUACUUAACAGAUUCAAAUUGUACUAAUGAGGCCGAAGAUAUAUUGAAAAGAGAGAGACCAAACUCAAUUUUAUGA